AUGGUGGUUCCUGCUCAUGGGCCAUCUGCAAUCGAUUCAGCUAAUCUGAGGUCACAGGUACAUGUUACAGUCAACAAAUCGUCAUCAUCAUCUUUGUAUUUUAUCAAAACAGACUUCGAUUCUAACUCUCUUUCGUUGCCCCUCCCUCCUUCGAUUCAAAGGUGCUUUGUUUAUUACAGAGUGGUAGUAGAGGCGAUGGUGUUGCUGAUAGCCCUAACCAAUAGUCAUCCUCAAAGAAGUUGUAUGGAAGGAAAACUGAAGUAUAUGAGGGAAACCUCAAGACCUUCUUUACUAAGUGAAAAAGGAACAAGUCUAUGUGUGUAUAUAGCUUAUAUUGUAGAUGUAGUGUAUAUUUGGGUGAGGCGAACAAGUGGAGAAGAUGAUGAUAACCAGUGGCAGAUUGUUGGUGAUGACUUCAUUGUUAGAAAAGGUUUGGCAACAAGCUCUAUUGUUCAGAUAGUGAGAGAAGGUCAAGAACCAGAGCAACUAUGGAAGCAUCUUCACUGUUUCUCAUUCCAAAACACAGGAGAGAAACAUUAG